CUCGCCGGCUGGUCCGCCCCGCUCCGCACCGCAGAGCUCGGCCAGCGAGGCGGCCCUGCCGGCCGGCGGCGGCCUGGUCGAGGUGCUCGUCAGCCACUGCGAGUCGCCAGGACGCUUCUGCGUCCAUAUCGUUGACGAAAUCCCGGCGCUGAACCAGAUGAUGCAGGAGAUGCAGGAGGUGUACGCAGUGGGCGGCGUCAGCAGCCACGGCUACUGCUGGAAGCCCGAUGACGUGGCCGUGGCGCCGUCGGACAAGCUGUUCUACCGCGUCCGCGUCCUGAGCGUGUCCGAGACAGACCCGGACAGUGUGCAGGUGUACCUGAUCGACUACGGCAAGCAGGAGACGGUGCGCCAGCGCGACAUCACGCUGCUGCUCAAGCAGUUCGAGAAGCACCACGCCUUUUCGAUGCCGUGUCACCUCCACGGCAUCCGGCCGGCAGGCGACCGUGGCAAGUGGACCGGAUUCGCGAUUGAUUUUCUCAAGAACAUGCUGAACCAGACCAAGAAGCUGUUCCUCGUUCCCAAAGUGGUCCCGGGCGGCCAGGGCGACGAGACCACAUCCCUGCCGUGCGACCUGGAAGCGGAGGAGCAGAGGAACAUGGGCGCCCUGGAGCCGGUGCGGCGGAUCCGCACUAGCUUCGCCGGCAAACUGGUGGAGCAGGGGCUGGCCUUCAGUAACAGCAGGGGUGCCCAGCCGGUGGACUCGUCCGGUGGCGGGCUGGUCGGCGCGCUGCCGCCGCAGCGAACUGUGCAAGGCACCCAGCCGCCGGGGGAGGCCGGAGGAGUGGCCGAGUCCGCGGCGUCGCUGGCCACAGCCGCAGCCGAGCCGUUGGGCUCGCCGUCCGACGCCGGCUCCGAGGCCGGCGACGAGGAACAGGAGGAGAUCCCGCUGGGCGGCGACUGGGCCACGAUCUCGGGCCGGCGGCGCGAGUGGCCAGAGCCGCUGCUGGCGGAGGGCGCCAGCUCGGAGCUUUGCGACCUCGAGCUGAACAUGCUGGCGGCCGAGCAGGCGGCCGAGGCCGUCGAGGAGCGGGCGUUGGAGGUGGACUGGCUGCCGGCGCGCGUGCCGACCGAGACGCGCUUCAUCGGCCGGCCCACGCACGUGACCAUGGCCGGCACCGUGUACCUGCACACCUAUCCCAAGGGCAAGGAAACCUUGGACAUUCUCCAGCAGGCGUUCAGUUCGAAGUACGGGGGAAGCCAGCCGCGCCCGUGUGACAGCUACUGGUUCGAGGGGCAGCCGUGCAUAGCCAAGUACUUCCUGGAUGACUGCUGGUACCGCGCCAAGGUGCUGCAGGUGCACAGCGAGAAAGUGUCGGUCCAGUUCGUCGACUACGGCAACACGGACCGCGUGGCGCCGACGGAGCUGCGCAAGAACGUCUUCAUGGAGCACGUGCCGGUCCAGGCGCUGCACUGCGAGCUGCACAACAUCUUGCCGCUGACGGAGGACGGCACAUUCCCGGUGAAGACGCUCAACUUCCUCCACUCCCAGAUCGUGGAGCGCGAGUGUCACGUGCAGGUGCACCACUUCAACGCUGCCAGGAGGCGUUUCCUGGUGUCGCUCCAGCUCGUCCAGAGCGCCAUCGACGUCAACGAGCUGCUGGUCAAGAUGGGCGACGCGCGCUACAUGACUGACGAGGAGCUGGCGGCGGCGGCCGGCGGCGCCGAGACUGUGCUGGACGCGCUGCUGCUGCGCGCGCCCUACCCGCGCCUGCAGCUGCCGGCCGGCGGGACGCCGGUGCCGGUGAUCUGUAUCGGUACCCUGUCGCCGUGCCUGCUGCUGGUUCAGCCGCAGAGGGUGGCCGGCGACUGCGGGCCGCGCCUGCGCCAGCUGGCCGCCCACCUGGAGGCCAUCGAUGCUCUGCCCGAGCGGCUGGCCGAAGAGGCGCCCGCCCAGCCGCUGCUCGAGAGCCCCGCUGUCGGCUCGCCUUGUGUGUGCCAGUUCUCGGACGACAAGGCCUGGUACCGCGCCGUCGUCCUCAGCGUCGACGGCGACGCGGCCAGGGUGCAGUACGUGGACUGGGGCAACAUGGAAGAGGUCAGGACCAGCAGCCUGCGCCAGGUGCCGGCUUCGAUGCGUGACGUGCCGGCCUGGGUGCUGCUGGUGGAGCUGUACCGCGUCAGCCCCGCCAGCGCUUCCGGCUGGACGGCCGAGGCCCAUGAGGCCGUGCAGGCGUGCGUCUUCCAGCAGGACGUGCAGCUCUGGGCACGCGUCAAGCACGGACAGCGGGAGCCGCCGCUGCUCGAGCUGGUGGUGUUCGACGAGCCCGAGUCGCCGGAGCCGAAGCCGCGGCUCGCCUACCAGAAGGCUAUCGACGACGGGCUGGUGGUGCUGAGCGCGGCGGGCCGGCGGCCGUAGCGCGCCGCUGCCGGAGCGCCGGGGACCAGCGGUCGGUGGCACCGGUGACCAGCGGCCGGGGGCAUCGCGGACCAGCGGUCGGUGGCAUCGCGGACCAGCAGCCGGGAGCACUGCGGACCAGCGGCCGGGGGCACUGCGGACCAGCGGCCGGGGGCAUCGCGGACCAGCGGCCGGGGGCAUCGCGGACCAGCAGCCGGGGGCACUGCGGACCAGCGACGGGGGCGCGGGAGGGGCCAGCUAGCAUGCUGGGCCGGCCACAGAGACGCCCGCGCCGCCCGGCACGGUGGGUCACUGAGCCAUGGCGACUCAGACGUGCUCGCGCUGGGGCCGACACCGGCCCCACGUUUACCGGCGUGGCCGUGCCGAGGUGGUCUUGUGUGGACGUUUUAGGACGGGCGGUGCCGCUGUGGCGCUAAGCUGUUGUCAAUGCUGGCUGUGUCGUGGACGGAGUACCAGGUGGAUUCGUCGUCAGGCGCCCCUGCAUCGGAAUCUGGCUCGUCCGCGUAGUUCGUUGAGAAGCGCUUUCGGAGACUCGUUUCUUUUAUAUGGAGAUACAUUUUCAUACAUUU